AUGGCUGACAAGGGGGUGCCCCUCACGGGCUCUGCAGCCUACGACGAGGAGCUGUAUGGCGGUUCGGCAGGCGUCACGGGCUAUGCCGCGGUGGCGCAGGACAUUGAGGAGGAGGAGGAUGUGGAUGAGCGGGAGCGGGCUGUGGCCAGCAAGCUGGCCUCCUACACAGCGCCAAAGUCCCUCAUGAACGACCUUCCCGUGACGGACGACGGCGACCAGGACGGCAGCGGCUUCAUGCAGUCGCGGCGCAUCGUGGACCGCGAGUCGGAGUACUCCAAGCGCCGCCUGGACCGCAUCAUCUCGCCCGACCGCAACGACGCUUUCCAGAUGGGCGACAAGACGCCCGACGCGCGCGUGCGCACCUACGCCGACGUCAUGCGCGAGGCGCAGCUGGCACGGGAGCGGGACAACACGCUGCGCAACAUCGUGGAGAAGCGCAAGGCGGAGGCGGAGGCGUCCGAGGCGCAGCUGGCGGCCCUGGACGCGGUGCCGACCAAGGCGUCGGGGAUGGCGCCGGCGGCGCCCGCGGCGCCCGCGGCGGCGCCCGCGCCCACCGCCACGGCGGCCGCGGUGGCCGCCGCCGCGGCCACCGCGCCGGGCGGCAAGCGCAGCAGAUGGGACAGCUCGGUGCCAAUCGAGGCCAAGAAGCCCAAGGUUGCGGCGGCGCCCGAGGCGGCCCCCGCGCCAGCCCCCGCAGCGGCAGCCCCCGUGUCGGACUGGGACGCCGUGGAGGCGACCCCAGCCGUCAAUCGCUGGGACGCCACCCCCGGCCAGGCGCCUUCCGAGACGCCCGGCCGCAUCUGGGCUGGCGGCGCGGAGGCCACGCCCGCGGGCCGCUGGGACGCGGCCGACGGCGCGGCGCAGCCCAAGCGCAACCGCUGGGACGCGACGCCCACGCCCGGCCACGGCGGCGGCGAGGCGGGCCCCGGCGAGACGCCCUCCGCGGCCGGCAAGCGCAGCCGGUGGGACGCCACGCCCGCCAUGGCGGCGCUGGGGGCCACCCCCGCCUACGGCGCCGGCGCGCUGGGCGCCACGCCCGCCUGGGGGGCCGGCAUGGCGACGCCCGCGGGCGGCAUGGGCAUGGAGACGCCGACCCCGGGCAUGCUGGCGGCACAGCAGGCGGCGCUGGGCGCGGUGCCCAUGACACCAGAGGCCUACCAGCAGCUCAAGAUUGAGCGGGAGAUGGAUGAGCGCAACAGGCCCCUGAGUGACGAGGAGCUGGAUGCGAUGCUGCCCGGCGCUGCCGAGGGCUACAAGAUCCUGUCGGAGCCGGCCGGCUACGAGCCCAUCCGCACGCCCGCCCGCAAGCUGAUGGCCACGCCCACGCCCUUUGGCGGCACGCCGCUGUACCAGAUACCCGAGGAGGACAGGGCGCAGAAGUUUGAUGUGCCGCAGCAGCUGGAGGGCCUGCCCGAGAUGAAGCCGGAGGACCAGCAGUACUUUGGGAAGCUGCUCAAGGAUGUCGACGAGGAGGAGCUGACUGUGGAGGAGGCCAAGGAGCGCAAGAUCAUGAAGCUACUGCUCAAGGUCAAGAACGGCACGCCGCCGCAGCGCAAGUCGGCGCUGAGGCAGCUCACAGACAAGGCGCGCGACUUUGGCGCGGGCCCGCUCUUCAACCAGAUCCUGCCGCUGCUGAUGAGCCCCACGCUGGAGGACCAGGAGCGCCACCUGCUGGUCAAGGUCAUCGACCGCGUGCUGUUCAAGCUGGACGAGUUGGUACGGCCGUACUGCCACAAGAUACUGGUGGUCAUCGAGCCGCUGCUGAUCGACGAGGACUACUAUGCUCGCGUGGAGGGCAGGCACGUGGUGUACUGCGCUGUACCUGUACUGCAUCGUACUGCACUGCACUGGCCGGCACUCUGGGAGAUUAUCGCCAACCUGGCCAAGGCUGCAGGCCUGGCCACCAUGAUUGCGGCCAUGCGCCCCGACAUUGACAACGUCGACGAGUAUGUGCGCAACACCACCGCACGCGCCUUCUCGGUGGUGGCGUCUGCCCUGGGCAUCCCCGCGCUGCUGCCCUUCCUCAAGGCGGUGUGCCAGUCCAAGAAGAGCUGGCAGGCGCGGCACACGGGCAUCAAGAUUGUGCAGCAGAUUGCCAUCCUCAUGGGCUGCGCCGUGCUGCCGCACCUCAAGUCCCUGGUGGACAUCGUCAAGCACGGCCUGCAGGACGAGAACCAGAAGGUGAAGACCAUCACCGCGCUCACCAUUGCGGCGCUGGCAGAGGCGUCGGCUCCCUACGGCAUCGAGAGCUUUGAUGAUGUGCUGGAGCCGCUGUGGAAGGGCAUCCGCCUGCUGCGCGGCAAGGUGCUGGCCGCCUUCCUCAAGUCCAUCGGCUUCAUCAUCCCCCUCAUGGACGCCAUGUACGCCAACUACUACACGCGCGAGGUCAUGAUCAUCCUCAUCAGGGAGUUCCAGACGCCGGACGAGGAGAUGAAGAAGAUCGUGCUCAAGGUGGUGAAGCAGUGCGUGGGCACCGACGGCGUGGAGCCAGACUACAUCCGCCAGGAGAUCCUGCCCGAGUUCUUCAAGCACUUCUGGGUGCGGCGCAUGGCGCUGGACCGCCGCAACUACCGCGCGCUGGUGGAGACGACGGUGGAGGUGGCGGGCAAGGUGGGGUGCUCCGAGAUUGUGGGGCGCGUGGUGGAGGACCUCAAGGACGAGAGCGAGCCGUACAGGAAGAUGGUGAUGGAGACGUGCGACAAGGUGGUGCGCGGCCUGGGGGCGGCGGACAUCGACGCGCGCCUGGAGGAGCUGCUGAUCGACGGCAUCCUGUAUGCCUACCAGGAGCAGCUUGCCGACGAGUCGCCCGUGGUGCUCAACGGCUUUGGCACCAUCAUCAACGCCCUGGGCCAGCGCGCCAAGCCCUACCUGCCCCAGAUCUGCGGUACCAUCAAGUGGCGGCUGAACAACAAGAGCGCCAAGAUCCGGCAGCAGGCUGCCGACCUCAUCAGCCGCAUCGCUCCUGUGAUGAAGAAAUGUGAUGAGGAGAAGCUGCUGGCGCACCUGGGGGUGGUACUGUACGAGAACCUGGGAGAGGAGUAUCCCGAGGUGCUGGGUUCCAUCCUGGGCGCCCUCAAGUCCAUUGUGGCGGUGAUUGGCAUGACCCGCAUGACCCCCCCCAUCAAGGACCUGCUGCCCCGCCUCACCCCCAUCCUCAAGAACAGGCACGAGAAGGUGCAGGAGAACUGCAUCGACUUGGUGGGGCGCAUCGCCGACCGCGGCGCCGAGUUUGUACCCGCCCGCGAGUGGAUGCGCAUCUGCUUCGAGCUGCUGGACAUGCUCAAGGCGCACAAGAAGGCCAUCCGGCGCGCCACGGUCAACACCUUUGGCUACAUCGCCAAGGCCAUCGGCCCCCAGGACGUGCUGGUCACACUGCUGAAUAACCUCAAGGUGCAAGAGCGCCAGAACCGCGUGUGCACCACGGUGGCCAUCGCCAUUGUGGCGGAGACGUGCGCGCCCUUCACCGUGCUGCCUGCGCUGAUGAACGAAUACAAGGUGCCCGAGCUCAACGUGCAGAACGGCGUGCUCAAGGCGCUUUCUUUCCUGUUUGAGUACAUUGGGGAGAUGGGCAAGGACUACAUCUAUGCGGUGUCCCCGCUGCUGGAGGAUGCGCUGAUGGAUCGCGACCUGGUGCACCGCCAGACCGCCUGCUCCGUGGUGCAGCACAUGAGCCUGGGGGUGGCGGGGCUUGGGUGCGAGGACGCGCUCACCCACCUGCUCAACUACGUCUUCCCAAACAUCUUUGAGAUCAGCCCCCACAUCAUCCAGUCGACGACGGGCGCCAUAGAGGGCUGCCGCGUGGCGCUGGGCCCCGCCGUGAUCCUCAACUACCUGCUGCAGGGCCUGUACCACCCGGCCUGCAAGGUGCGGGAGGUGUACUGGCGGCUGUACAACAACGUGUACAUCGGGGCGCAGGAUGCGCUGGUGGCCUGCUACCCGCGCAUGGAGGACGAGGGCAUCAACUCGUACCGCCGCCACGAGAUGGACGUGUUUGUGUGACGGCGGGGCUGUGUGUUGCAGCGGGGCAGCCGCUCAGCUUUUCCCAGUUGUUGUGCCAGGGGGAGCGAUUAAAAGUGUGUAACUUCCCGUCCAUUGAG